GCUCUCCAUCCUCACCGCAGAGCAGUGCGAGAAGAACUUUUCAAGAUGACUUUUGUCGCCUAGAAGGUCCUAAUAAUGUCUGAAACUGGCGACGGGGAGGACGAGCACCAGUUUCUGCGAACGGGAGAUGAGGUGGUUUUGCAGAGCACCUUUACAUCCCAGGAGGAACAUGUGAAACUUUGUCUCGCUGCUGAGGGUUUUGGCAGCAGAGUGUGCAGCUUGGAAUCCACCUCAAACUGCAAGAAUGUUCCUCCAGAUUUGUCUGUCUGUGGCUUUGUCUUGGCGCAGUGUCUCUCUGUCCGAGCCCUGCAGGAGAUGCUGGCCCACCGCGAAGACUUGGCUGCAGAGGUGGAACUCGGAGGGAGCCGUCGCACUCUUCUCUAUGGCCAAGCUGUGCUGUUCCAACACUCGUACAGUGGCAUGUAUCUGUGCUGUUUGUCCACCUCAUCAUCUUCAGCUGAUAAACUUGCAUUUGAUGUUGGUCUACAGGAGGAUAAAGCAGGGGAGACAUGCUGGUGGACUGUGCAUCCAGCGUCCAGACAGAGGUCAGAGGGCGAGAAAGUUCGCGUCGGAGAUGACCUCAUUCUGGUCAGUGUGUCCUCAGAGAGAUAUCUGCAUUUGUCUUUGGGUGCCAUCACAGACAACAGAAGCCAAAGUAGCAAGCUAGUGGUGAAUGCAGCUUUUCAGCAGUCUCUCUGGAGUGUUGCUCCGAUCUGCUCUGGAAGUUGUGUUGCACAAGGCUACCUGAAGGGCGGCGACACAUUGCGGCUACUCCAUAGCCACAGUGACGCAUGUCUUACUCUUCCCUCCUCGGAGCACGGAGAAGAUCAGCAGAGGAUAAUGCAUUAUGAAAGUGGAUCAGUGGCUGGUCAUGCCCGCUCUCUGUGGAGAUUGGAAAUCCUGCGAGUUGUGUGGAGUAACAGGCACACCGGCUGGGGACAUCCCUUCAGACUACGCCAUGUCACAACCGGCAGGUAUCUCGGCCUCAGCCAGGAAAAAGGUCUCCUUCUAGUAGAUCAAGAUAAGGCUGACAUCAUCACCACCUCCUUCUGCUUCCAACCUGCAAAGGACAAAGUUGUCACUGGGCUAAAAGUAAACGCUGAUGGCAUGGGCUCAGCGGAGAUCAAAUACGGAGACUCAGUUUGUUAUGUCCAGCAUGUAGAUUCCGGGUUGUGGGUCACAUACCAGACCAUUAAUUCCACAUCCACUCAUAUGGGAGGCGCCCAGCGAAAGGCAAUUUUGCACUGUGAGGGUCACAUGGACGAUGGGCUGACACUCUCUCGAUCACAGUGUGAAGAAUCCCACACCGCAAGGCUAAUCCGGAGUGCCACUUGUCUUUUCCGUCAAUUCAUCAGGCAACUUGCUGGGUCUGGUCAGCAAGAAAACCUCCCUCUUCAGCUCUUGUCAGCAGAGACAGUGAGAUGUGGCCUGCAGGAUUUAAUCGACCAUUUUCAGCCUCCAUCUGAGAAGAUGGGCCCGCAAGCAAUACAGAAAAACACGACGACUUUGAAAAAUCGACAAGAUAUGUUUAAGGAGGAGGGUGUAAUAGAUUUGGUGCUCGACUGUAUCGAGCAUCUAGUUCCGAACAGCAGCGCUUCACAUCUCGCUGCAUCGCAGAGCGACUCCCAAGACUGGGGGAAGAUCUUGCACCUUUUUUAUGAGCUGCUAGCCUCCUUGAUUCGGGGGAAUCGUGUCAACUGUGCGCAUUUCUCGGGUUCCCUUGACUGGCUGAUCAGUCGUCUAGACCAGCUGGCAGCCUCCUCUGGGGUUUUGGAGGUUCUGCACUGUGUCCUUGUGGAAAGUCCGGAAGCUCUCAAUGUCAUCAAAGAAGAACACAUCCAUGCCAUCGUCUUGUUCCUCGAUCAGCAUGGAUUUAAUCACAAGGUUCUGGAGGUGCUCUGCUCUCUGUGUGUUUGCCACGAUGUUGCUGUGCGAUCAAACCAGAACCUCAUCUGUGACCACCUGCUGCCGUACAGAGACUUGCUGCUUCAGACACGUCUGGUCAAUCAGGUCACAAGCAUGAGACCAAACAUAUUUCUGGCCAUGGGAGAGGACUCAGCCCAGCACCGGAGAUGGUACUAUGAGCUGGUUGUGGAUCAUGUGGACCCCUUCCUCACACCAGAGCCCACCCACCUACGUGUGGGAUGGGCGAGCACCGAAGGUUACCAACCCAGGCUUGCAGGAGGUGAAGUCUGGGGAGGAAACGGGGUGGGAGAUGAUUUGUGCUCAUUCGGCUUUGAUGGGCUUCACCUUUGGUCAGGGUGUGUUGCUCGCCAAGUCAGCUCCCCUUUUCCACAUCUCCUCAAAGAUGGUGAUGUGGUUAGCUGCUGCCUUGACCUCACUGUUCCCUGCAUCUCCUUCCGGGUCAACGGUCUGCCUGUGCAGGGCAUGCUGGAAAACUUCAGCUGCGUUGGCCUUUUGUAUCCGGUCGUCAGUUUCUCAGCUGGAGUCAAGGUUCGAUUUCUCUUCGGGGGGAGUCAUGGAGAAUUUAGAUUUUUGCCCCCUCCCGGAUUCGCAAUGUGUUCAGAGGCACUCCUGCCUGGAGUUGAGCUGGUAGUCGAACCAUGUCACGAGUACAUGUUGCAUCACGAGAACGGAGCACAGGAACUGAUUGGGCCGAUCGUCCCUGUAACUCCUGUUGUUUUUACACCCAGACCAGUGGACAUUAGCAAGGUGGUGCUGCCUUCCCAAGUUGAGGAUAUACAAGAGAAGAUGGCUGAAAAUAUGCAUGAACUGUGGGCAAUGGACAGGAUUGAGCUUGGCUGGUCAUAUGGAACUGUGAGAGAUGAAGCCAAGAAGCAUGAGCCGUUCCUAGUUGAGUUCCUCAGGUUGCCUGAUCAAGAACGGAACCAGAACCUUCAAAUUGCUCAGGACAUCCUCAGGACUCUUAUUGCGCUUGGUGUCCACGUUGUUUUAACUGAAGACCACCGGGAAGACAAAGUCAAGUAUUUGAGUCUGCCGACCAAGUAUGAGCAGCCCAGUGGCUACAGACCGGCACCUGUAGAUUUCAGCCAGGUUUGUCUGACACGUUUUCAUGAGAGAGUGGUCAGCCAUUUGGCGGAAAAUGAGCACAAUGUUUGGGCUAAAGAGUGCAUCAGGCAAGGCUGGACCUAUGGAGCCCAGCAGGAGCUGAAAACCAAGCGGAGUCUGAAUCUUGUACCAUACAGUCUUCUUGAUAAGAGGACCAAAAGGAUUGGCAGAGAGAGUAUAAGAGAGUCUGUUUGCACCCUGCUCGCCCAUGGUUACAGCCUGGAAACGCUGAACCAAGACCAGAUCAUUUCAUCAGACCAUGAGGUGUAUCCUGCAGAGAAGUGGAGAGUGUUCAGACCUGAUAAAUCUUACGCAGUGACCUGUGGGAAGUGGUAUUUUGAAUAUAAGUUGGUGACAGCGGGCAAUAUGAGAGUUGGAUGGGCACGGCCAGACUGCACCGCCGAUAAAGAUCUUGGAUCAGAUGACCUGGCAUUUGUCUUUGAUGGAUGUGAGGGUCAGUGGUAUCAUCAAGGAGGUGAACCUCUGGGACGAGUGUGGCACCGCAGUGACGUGGUGGGUUGCUUACUGGAUAUGACGGAUCGCACCAUGAUGGUCACUCUGAACGGCGAGAUGCUGUUUAAUGAUCGAGGAUCCGAGCUGGUGGCCAAAGAUUUUGACAUCAGAGAUGGGCUGUUGCCAAUCGUUGGUGUUGGAGUUAACCAGGUGGGGAAGCUAAACCUGGGCCAGCAAGUCGACUCCCUCCAAUAUUUUUCAGUCUGUGGUCUUCAAGAGGGUUAUGAGCCUUUUGCUGCCAAUAUGUCCAGAGAACCAACGUUGUGGAUGACCUGGAAACAGCCUCAGUUCACGUCCAUAACACCCCAACAUCCCAAUUUACAAGUUAUAAGAGAUGGUGGCGUGUCAGAUUCAUCUUGUAGCUUGAAGGUCUGUCAGCACCCAUCGACGCAGCACAGUGGAGGGAGUGAAAUGGGUUUCUUUAGGCUCAGCAUGUUCAUCGAAUUUGCUGCCACUCUCUCAAGCCCUGUGGGAGGAGCGCUCCCUGUGGCUUCAAGUCCUCUAUGCUCAGGAAGAAAAGAGCAGGAAGAGGACGACUCUGACUUUGAAGUACUGAUGAAGUCAGCCCACAGCUUUGCCGGCUCAAGAGAUGAACUCAACCACAAGGAUCACAGCCAAGACAAAACGUCCCGAUUAAAACAGCGCUUCAUGCUGAAGAGAUCUAAACCAGGUCUUGUGAGCAGCAAUUCAUCUGCUCGGCUACUCGAGGAUGUUGUAGUGGACAAAGAUAACCACGAUCACCUGAUCCAGACCUCCAGAUAUUACUACUCUGUUAGGGUUCUUCCUGGCCAGGAGCCAUUCAAUGUUUGGGUUGGCUGGGUGACUCCUGAUUUCCAUCAUUUCAACACCAAUUUUGAUGUGGAAAGUACCAGGACUGUCACCGUUACACUUGGAGAUGAAAGUGGCAAAGUCAGAGAGAGUUCAAAGCGCAGCAACUGUUACAUGGUUUGUGCCGGUGAAGCGACAGGGUUGUGUUUAAGUCGGAGGAGCGGAGGUUUGGAAAUUGGCUGUUUAAUUGACACAUCCAGUGGCUUGCUUACUUUUACUUCAAAUGGGGUCGAGAUGACAACUUUCUACCAAGUGGAAGCAUGCACGAAGCUGUUCCCUGCCGUUUUUGUCAAGAGCACCACUUCCAACAUGUUUCAGUUUGAGCUGGGACGGGUCAAGAACGUCAUGCCUCUUUCUGCGGGUCUACUUCGCACUCAACGGAGAAACAUGAUACCUCAAUGUCCUCAAAGGAUUCAGGUCCAAUAUAUGAGCGCAGUCACUUGGACCAGAGUUCCCAACAAAACAUUAGAGGUGUUAGUCAAUUGCUCCAGCGCAUGCCAUGGCUGGAGCAUUCAAUGCAGCCGCCCUGUUCAAGUCGUCGCUCUUCAGAUCCCCGACGAAAACAGAUCUGUUGACAUUUUGGAGCUGUCUGAACUGCCAGACCUCAUGACCUUUCAGUACCACACUCUCCUGCUUUAUGUCUCCUUAUGUAAGCUUGGCAACACGAGAGUCGCGCAUGCCAUUUGCAGUCACGUGGACCAGUCCCAGGUGCUUUAUGCCAUUCAGAAUCCACACCUCCCAGGUCGCCUUCGCUCAGCGUUUUAUCAGCUGCUGUUUGAGGUUUACCUCAACAGCCAAACCUCUCUCAUGAUGAGUCAUGAAUACAUAAUUCCGAUGACCGACCAGACCAGGAAUCUCACCCUUUAUCCCUUGAAUGGUGCCUCUGAAGGAAAACAUCCAGUGUGUCUUCCCAGCACCGCAGUGAGCACAUCCCUUAAACCACAAAUCCAAUUCUCCAGUCCCUGUUUUGUCUGGAGUUGUGAAUCCAGGCAGGAGACAGCCUUCAGUGUCUGCCCUGAAAUCCCCCUGGACACACUAAGAACCCUGACUGUGAAGAUGCUGACUGAAGGGGUGCAGACUGUGGAUCAAAAUCUCCGUGAUCCUGUAGGAGGAAGCAAUGAGCUGCUGCUGGUUCCCCUUAUUCAACUCUUCCAUUCGCUCAUGGUCAUGGGAGCUGUGGGGGAUGAUGAUCUCAGCCAAGUUCUGCAGCUGAUCGAACCUAAAGUUUUUUCUCGUGGUGCUGGAGUGUUUGAGGGAGAAGAAGAUAGGAGUGAUAGCUACAAAAGUGAAACUCUUGAGGGCAAGAAAAAGGAAAACAACGUCUCUAAAAAAGGAUUGCUUCUCAUGAAGCUUCCGGAGCCUGUGAAACUCCAGCUUUGCCAUCUGUUGUCAUACCUGUGUGACUGCCAGGCGCGGCACAGGGUCGAAUCUGUUGUGGCCUUCUCUGACAGAUUUGUUCACCAGCUGCAGGAAAAUCAGCGUUUUCGCUACAACCAGGUCAUGCAGGCGCUCAACAUGUCCGCUGCCCUCACCGCUCGUAAAACCAAAGAGUUCCGAUCACCGCCACAAGAGCAGAUCAACAUGCUGCUGAACUUCAGAGAGAAUGAACUGCAAGAAAGCUGUCCAUGUCCACCAGAAAUUCAGCAACAACUGCGAGACUUUCACCAACAACUCAGCUCACAUUGUGGCAUUGAAUUAGACACUGACUUGGCAAGCAACAAGGCUGCUGCAGUGUCAGUAAAAGAUAGGCUUCUCAGUCUUGUGGGCAGAGUUGUUGGACGGAAGAAAUCACUUUUUGCAGUGGAUGAAUGUCUGUCGCCAGGACAAAAAACUCUGAAGAAGCUCAUCUCUGAAACAAUGGUGAGCUGGGCUCUAGAGACCAAGAUGGAGGACCCAGCGCUGGUCAGAGCCGUUUUCUCUUUGCUGCAUAGACAGUAUCGAGGCCUUGGGGGUCAAAUGGCAACCGCACUGUCUAAAACCUACGCAAUCAGUGAGUCUUCAGUUGAGGAUGCUGUGACUCUACUUUCCUCCCUCGGCCAAAUCCGCUCUCUGCUCUGUGUGCGCAUGGGAAAAGAAGAGGAGAAAAUCAUGAUCAAAAGACUUGGUGACAUCAUGAACAAUAAAGUUUUCUACCAGCACCCCAAUCUGAUGCGGAUAUUGGGGAUGCAUGAAACAGUGAUGGAAGUAAUGGUCAAUGUUCUUGGAGAGGGAGAGUCGAAGAUUGCCUUUCCCAGGAUGAUUGCCAGCUGCUGUCGAUUCCUCUGUUACUUCUGCCGCAUCAGCAGUCAUAACCAAGGAGCUCUGUUUGACCACCUCAGCUACCUUUUGGAGAACGGUAGUGUUGGACUAGCGUCACAGUCCAUGCGUGGAGCCACACCUCUGGAUGUGGCAGCAGCAUCUGUGAUGGACAAUAAUGAGCUGGCACUCGCACUGAGGGAGCCAGAGCUAGAAAAGGUGGUCCAGUAUCUUGCUGGCUGUGGUCUUCAGAGCUGUCCACUUCUGGUGGCCAGAGGUUAUCCAGAUAUUGGAUGGAACCCAGUGGAGGGUGAACGCUACCUGGAUUUUCUCCGGUUUGCUGUCUUUUGCAACGGUGAGAGUGUGGAAGAGAAUGCUUAUGUGGUGUUGAAGCUGCUGAUUCGCCGCCCGGAGUGUUUUGGUCCUGCCUUGCGAGGUGAGGGAGGAAACGGUCUCCUGGCAGCAAUGGAAGAAGCUAUCACCAUAUCUGAAGAUUCUUCAAUGGAUGGACCUUCUUCUAAGUCAAGGAGCAGCACUGCACUGUCAGUUGAGAUUCAAGAUAUUAUCCAGGACAGCGAUGAUGACCUCAUUCACAUGGGGCACGCCAUCAUGAGCUUCUACUCCGCCCUGAUUGACCUGCUGGGCCGCUGUGCUCCAGAGAAGCAAUUAAUUGAAGGAGGCAAAGGGGAUGCCAUUCGCAUGCGAGCAAUUUUGAGGUCUCUGGUCCCAAUUCAAGAUCUUGUGGGUGUCAUCAGUAUGUCCCUCCAAGUCCCAUCAUUGUCAAAAGAUGGCAAAGUAGAGGAACCUGACCUAUCGAGCGUCUUCUGCCCCGACCAUAAGGCAGCAAUGGUGUUGUUCCUGGACCGGGUUUAUGGCAUUGAAACACAAGGCUUUUUAAUCCACCUGCUGGAAGUCGGUUUUCUUCCUGACAUUCAGACUGCUGUCUCCCUCGACACCGAUGAUUUGGGUUCCACAGACAUGACCUUGGCCCUUAACAGAUACUUGUGUACGGCAGUGCUUCCCUUGCUGACAAAAUGUUCGGCUCUCUUUGGUGGUUUGGAUGGACAUGCCACACUAGUGGACUCAAUCCUCCAGGAAACCUACCGUCUCUCCAGGGCUUCAAGCUUGACCAAAGCUCAGAGAGACACCAUUGAAGAGUGUUUGUUGUCUGUGUGCAGUAAACUCCAACCAUCUAUGUUGCAACCCCUCCUGGAGCGAAUCGUCCUUGAUGUCCCCAGUCUCACAGACCACAGUCGGCUGCCUAUAAAGCUCCUGAACAGUCUUUACGAGCAGAGGUGGAAAUAUUACUCACCAAAUGGAGGUCAAGCAGGGCAGUGCUACUCCUCAGAAGAAGAGCUUCACUUGUCUCGAAAGUUAUUCUGGGGAGUGUUUAGGGCGUUGGAAAGAAAGCCUGAUGAACCUCAGUUGUCUGCUCUGAGUGUCCAAUGCCUGGCUUCAAUGGCAAGAGCUUUACCACCUGACCACAUGGAUCAAAUGUCCCACUGUGAGAGAAAAAUGUCUGUAGACACGGAAGGACAUUUCGACCCUCAACCUGUUAACACUUCAAAUGUUUCUGUUCCUGAGAGACUUGAGCUUGUGGUGAACAGAUAUGCAGAACAUACUCAUGAGAAGUGGUCGCUCGACAAGUUUGCCAAUGGUUGGGUUCAUGGGGAGCAGCUAUGUGAGAAGUCCAAGGUUCAUCCUCUCCUCAAACCCUACAGGGCUUUAUCUGAAAAGGAUAAGGAGACGUACCGUUGGGCCAUUAAGGAGACAAUAAAAAGUAUGCUGGCAUUUGGGUGGACCAUAGAGCGGACUAAAGAAGAUGUGUCAGGCAUACGUAGCUGUUACCGGAGAGUCUCGCAGUCUGGUCAGUUAUCUUUCGAAGGAGCAUCAACUUUCAGCCCCAAACCUACAGACAUGAGCAGCAUCACCCUAUCAUGGGAUCAGUGUGCGAUGGCUGAAAAACUGGCUGAAAACUACCACAACACUUGGGCCAGGAAAAAGAAGUCAGAACUAGAGAGUCAAGGAGGAGGCUUCCAUUCCAUGCUUGUGCCCUAUGAGACUCUGACAGUAAAAGAGAAAGAGAAGUUCAGACAGAGAGCACAAGAUAUUCUCAAGUUUCUUCAGCUAAAUGGAUACACUCUGUGGGGAGAUCGCAAGACGUUAGAAGUAGAUUUUCCUGCGGUGUCCAACCGCUUUGGAUACACACUCCUGGUUCGGCUCCUGUCUUUCACAGAGGAGGCUCAGGAGCAUCUGCUGGAGUUGGAGGUGAUACAAGCUAAAGGACAAAUGUCCAGGGGAGAGAGAGUUUCCCACCAGCAACCUCUACAGUUCCUAGUCAAGGUGGCCCUCCCUCUUUUGGAGCAAUUUGUACAAAGCCAUUGUUUGUAUUUCAUGUCUCUCUGCCCAAAGGCGAAUGGAAACCAAGCCUCCAAACGGGAAAAAGAGAUGAUCGCAAGCCUCUUUUGUAAGCUGGCUGCUCUGGUGAGACACAGAAUUUCCUUCUUCGGAAAUAAAAGUGCAUAUUUUACAAGCUGCCUUCAUGGUUUGGCUCAGGCUCUGGAUGCCAGGGCUCUGAUGAAAUCGGCUUCUGAGUCCAUUCUCCAGUCUCUGCACGGCUUCUUUGAGGCUGCUGCCGCUGACCUGGAGGCAACCGUGGAGCAUCUGUCCGUAUCUGUGGUCUCUUUGCCUCAGAGCAGAGGAGUAGCCAAGGUGCUUGGCUACACAACUUCCAUCUUGAUCCCCACGCUCACUUCCCUCUUUCAGCAUCUUAACAAUCACAGCUUUGGAGCUGAUGUUUUGGUUGGCAACAUCCAGGUAUCCUGUUACAGAAUUCUCAACAGCCUCUACUCUCUUGGCACCACCAGCAGCAUCUACAUGGAGGGGCAGAGGCAUGCGGUUGGCUCUUGUCUCGGAGCUCUGACUGCAGUUAUGCCUGUGUGUUUCCUGGAGCCUGCCAUCAACUAUAAUAACCCGUACUCUGUGUACAACACCAUGAGUGCCGCUGAGAGAGCUGAGCUUGGACUUCCUCCAGUAGAAGACAUGUGUCCUGAGGUUCCCUCUCUGGAGAAGGCCUUGAGAGAAGUGGACUAUCUGGCAAGUGCCGGAGUUGCUGUUCACCAGACUCACUACAGUGCCAUCACAGAGGUCACGCUGCCGAUGUUGUGCAGUUAUAUCUCCUGCUGGUGGUGCUGGGGCCCACAGGGCCUGCAAGAUAGCCCGGCAUGCACCUCAGUGACACCCCGGCAUGCCAGUGAACUUCUUGGACACAUCCUCCGCAUCAUUCACAACCAUGUGGGCUCAAGCCAGGCUGACUGGAUGAAACAAAUCGCAGUUUUUGCCCAGCCAAUUUCAUGCAAAGCCAGCACUGAGCUGUUGAAGACCCACUUUGUGCCACUGAUGGAGAAGUUGAAGAAAAGGGCGGAGCAUGUUUUGCUGGAAGAGGAAAGGCUGAGAGCAGACGGGGCUGAUGCCUCUGAAAGAGAAUUGCUGAUACAGGAGAAGUUCAACUUGCUUGUGCGAGACCUUUAUGCCUUUUAUCCACUCCUCAUAACGUUUGUGGAUCAUCACCGUGUCAGCUGGCAGAGAGAGCAAAACUUGGAUGCGGAGCAGCUGUUUAACAUGGUGGCGGAGGUCUUCCUCUUUUGGGCCAAGUCUCAUAAUUUUAAAUGGGAGGAACAGAACUAUGUUGUCCAAAAUGAAAUCAACAAUUUGGCUUUCUUGGUCAAUAAUGAGAAGAUGUCAAAGGUCAACUCUGACAGAAGAGGGAUGAAGAGGAAAGGCGAUCGUUACUCCCCACAAACCUCACUCAUAGUUGCUUCGGUGAAGCGACUGCUCCCUGUGGGACUCGGCUUAUGUCUGCCAUUUCAUCAGAGCCUCAUCAUGUUGGCUAAAAGUGGCUUCAGUCAGAAAAAUGCAGAAGAUGAGAUCCAUGACUGUGUGUCCCAACACCUUUCUCAGCUUUACAGUUUGGAAACUUUGAAAGCUCCAGGUUCUCUUGGUUCUUCAUCUGAUGCAGAGGACACUGUCAGAAGGAUUUUAGUCAUUUCUCAAGUGCUACAUCACCUGGAUCAGGUGGAACGCCCGGAGAGAAAUAAAAAGCCUUCCUGGCACAAAGUCUUGUCUAAACAGAGAAAGCAAGCUGUUGUUGCCUGCCUGAGGAUGGCUCCUCUUUACAACCUGCCCAGACAUAGAGCUGUGAACCUGUUCUUGCAAGGCUAUAAUAAAUCUUGGGUGUCAACGGAGGACAACAUGUCGGAGGAGAAGCUUGUGGAGGAUUUGGCAAAGCGCGGAACGCUGGAACUGUGUAGCAAUGACAGUGAGGCAGAGAAACGUGUGGGAGAAGCUGCCAAACAUAUAGAUCCCCUCCUCCAGCUCAUUACCCUCUUCAGUCAAUGCGCGCUGACAGAUAAGAGUGACCUUGGAAUAAGCGACCUCUAUAACUCCUACGUCCACAUCAUGGCCAAGAGUUGCCACAGAGAAAAUCAAGACGAUGAGGAGGAGCAUCGAGAAGCGGAAACUUUUGAAGAGAAAGAAAUGGAGAAACAGAAGUUGCUGUUCCAGCAAGCGAGGCUUCAUCGCCGUGGGGCUUCAGAGAUGGUUCUACAAACCAUCAGCGCAAGCAAAGGAGCAAUAGGAGCCAUGAUCGCACCAACACUGAGACUUGGCAUCGCUCUCCUCCAUGGAGGGAAUGCUGCAGUUCAACAGAAAAUGCUGGAUUAUCUGAAGGACAAGCGAGAUGUUGGCUUCUUCCAGAGCAUGGCAGGACUGGUGAGGUCAUGUAGUGUUCUGGAUCUGAACGCAUUUGAGAGGCAGAACAAAGCAGAGGGAUUAGGCAUGGCCAUGGAUGACAGCUCAGGAGACAAGGUGAUGCCAGAUGGAGAUAUAACGUGUGACCUAUUCCGCUUCCUACAGCUGCUCUGUGAAGGACACAACUCAGAUUUCCAGAAUUACUUAAGGACUCAAGCUGGCAACAACACAACUGUGAAUAUCAUCAUCUCGACAGUUGACUAUCUCUUGAGAAUACAGGAGUCAAUAAGUGAUUUCUACUGGUACUAUUCUGGCAAGGAUAUGAUUGAUGCUCAUGGCCAACAGAACUUUUCCACAGCCAUUAAAGUGGCCAAGCAGGUCUUCAACACACUCACAGAGUAUAUUCAGGGUCCGUGCACUGGGAACCAGCAGAGUCUUGCUCACAGCCGUCUGUGGGAUGCUGUGGUUGGUUUUCUUCACAUUUUUGCGCACAUGCAGAUGAAGCUAUCUCAGGACUCCAAGCAAAUUGAGCUUCUGAAAGAGUUGAUGGAUUUACAGAAGGACAUGGUUGUCUUUUUGCUUUCCAUGUUAGAAGGCAACGUGGUGAAUGGAACGAUUGGCAAGCAAAUGGUCGACAUGUUGGUGGAAUCAUCUGCCAACGUGGAAAUGAUCCUGAGGUUUUUUGAUAUGUUUCUCAAACUAAAAGAUCUGACGUCGUCAGAUGGCUUCAGAGAGUUUGAUCCUGAGUGCAAAGGAAGCAUCUCACGGAAAGACUUCCAGAAAUCCAUGGAGAACUGCAAGCUUUUCUCACAAGUUGAGACUCAUUUCCUGCUGUCCUGCGUUGAGAUGGAUGAUAGCGAAAUCCUGGAUUACAGGGGCUUCGUGGAUCGUUUUCAUGAGCCAGCCAAAGAGAUCGGCUUUAGUAUUGCGGUCCUGCUGACCAAUUUGUCCGAACACAUGCCCAAUGAUUCCAGACUGACAACAUUCCUGGAACUCGCAGACUGUGUCUUGACUUACUUUCAGCCUAAUUUAGGACGGAUUGAGAUCCUGGGCAGUGGAAAACGCAUUGAGCGACUCUACUUUGAAAUCAGCGAAUCCAGCCGCACACAGUGGGAGAAGCCCCAAGUCAAGGAGUCGAAGAGACAGUUCAUCUUUGAUGUAGUCAAUCAAGGCGGAGAGAAAGAGAAAAUGGAGAUGUUCGUCAAUUUCUGCGAGGACACCAUCUUUGAAAUGCAGCUGGCAGCCCAGAUAUCUGGCUCUGACAGUGGAGAGCGAUGUUCUGUAAGGGGAGAUGAAAAGAAAGAAGAAGCAGGCGACUUGAACCAAAAUGACACGCUUGUCUCGCAUCGGUGGCGGCUACAGCUCACAUCUCUGCUGUCUGUCAAAAACAUCAAGUCUCUGAUGAAGAUGACUGUCAAGGACCUCCUUGUUUUUGCUCUGGCUAUCCUGAAGUUUUCAAUGAUGGGAGUUUUGUGUGGCGUUGGAGAUGUGUUCCGCUGCACUGUUUACGUGCUGUAUGUCGUUUUUGUCAACAGCGGACUCAUAGAGGAAGCCAAAAACAUGAGGCUAUCCGACUUGAUGAACGGCUUUCUGGAGCCAACCCUCGAUGAGGUCAUGGAAAGGCCUCAGUCGGACAAACUGCAGAAGCUCUCUGCCAGUUUCUCGUCUCAGACGGAAUUCAGAGGAGGACUGAAUAUGUCAUUCUCCAGGGAAGUGGAUGGACUGUCUAACGUUUUUGGCCUUAAAGUGAAGAAAGAUGGAGGCGAGUACAGACUGGUAACACAGGAAGCCACUGCCAGUACCAGUGACCUCUUCAACCCCGCUAAUAUGGAGAAGCACCACAGAAUGGAGGUCAAAUCGACGAUAGUUCCGGAGGAAAUUGGAGAAGAUGAGAACACACUUGAAUCAGAGAAUGAACAAAGGAACAUCGCUGAGAAAAUCAAUGAGGGAGCAGAAGACAAAUGUCAUAUGAGAAUGUCCUCUCAUAAGUCUGAGGAAUCAGAAAGCCAUCAUUCAACUGUCUGGUUGAUCAGCUUUCACAAGAGCCUGCUGAACUACUUUGCCCGGACCUUUUACAACAUGCGCUUGCUGGCUUUGUUUGUCACCUUCGCAAUCAACUUCAUUCUUCUCUUCUACAAGGUGGUUUCGCUGCCUGCGACACAAGAAAAUGAAGCAGCUGUUUCAUCUGCUUACCAUGAAGAUUCCAACUCUGCUGCUGAAGAUGACAACAAGAUCAGAAUGCAUUAUGUGCUGGAGGAGAGCAGCGGCUACAUGGAGCCUUCCCUUCACCUUUUAGCGAUAGCGCACACGCUCAUCUCCUUCUGCUGCAUAAUCGGCUACUACUGCCUGAAGGUUCCUCUGGUGAUCUUCAAACGAGAGAAGGAAACGGCUCGACGGCUGGAGUUUGAUGGCUUGUAUGUGACUGAGCAGCCACACGAUGAGGACAUUAAAGGCCAGUGGGAUCGACUGGUCAUAAACACUCUGUCAUUUCCCAGCAAUUACUGGGAUAAAUUUGUGAAGAGGAAGGUGAUGGACAAGUACGGAGAGUUUUACGGUCAUGAAAAGAUCAGCGAACUUCUUGGUCUGGACCAGGCGGCUUUAGACUUCAGCUCUGAGAAAAAGGAAAAGAGCAGAGUCAAAAGUGAUGCUGCGUUGAGUGCCCUAUUCAGUUCGGUCGAUGUGAAGUACCAAAUCUGGAAGCUCGGUGUUGUUUUCACUGACAAUUCCUUCCUGUAUCUCACCUGGUACAUGGUCAUGUCGGUGCUCGGACAUUACAACAACUUCUUCUUCGCCGUCCACCUGUUGGAUAUUGCCAUGGGUUUUAAAACACUGCGCACGAUUCUUUCGUCAGUGACACACAACGGCAAACAGCUGGUCCUGACUGUGGGUCUGCUGGCUGUGGUGGUGUAUCUCUACACUGUCGUGGCCUUUAACUUCUUCCGCAAGUUUUACAACAAGAGUGACGAUGACGAAGUCCAGGACAUGAAGUGCAACGACAUGCUCACUUGUUACAUGUUCCACAUGUACGUGGGGGUCCGUGCAGGCGGUGGAAUCGGCGAUGAAAUUGAUGACCCUGCUGGGGACGAGUUUGAAGUCGAGCGCAUCGUCUUUGACAUCACCUUUUUCUUCUUCGUCAUUGUCAUCCUCUUGGCCAUCAUCCAAGGUUUGAUCAUCGAUUCUUUUGGGGAGCUUCGCGACCAGCAGGAGCAGGUGAAAGAAGACAUGGAGACCAAGUGUUUCAUAUGUGGUAUUGGAAGUGAGUACUUUGAUACCGUCCCACAUGGCUUUGAGACUCACACGCUGCAGGAGCAUAACUUGGCCAAUUAUCUAUUUUUUCUGAUGUACCUCAUUAAUAAGGAUGAAACCGAGCAUACUGGGCAGGAAUCCUAUGUGUGGAAAAUGUACCAGGAGCGGUGCUGGGAAUUCUUUCCUGUGGGAGACUGUUUCCGUAAGCAAUAUGAAGAUCAGCUGGGAUGAAAGGAAAUCUGAACGAUCUGAAUCCAUCCUGGAUAGUGACAUCACCAGCUCGAUUGAUGCUCUUGGAUGCUGUAAAUUGCCUUGAGUUUGUGUGUGCACUGUAUUGAUUUGGGAUUUCUGUAGUGAGUUUUCCCUGAAGGACCAGUGUGUAGGGUUGUUGGGCAUCAAAGUCUCCUCAUUUGUCAGUUGCCUUUCUCACCACUUCCAAGAUACAUGGCCACUCUCAGUUGCUCAUAAGAACAAGAUCAAGAUGUCACCGCAGGAGCCCAUGAGGUGCUUGUACUGAGGUGCGUCUGAUGUGUCUUUUGACACUUGUUAACCCUGGCAUCACCUUUUGUGGGUCCUACAAUAAGUUGUUGACUGUGUCAGUGUGACUCUCAAGCUCCGGUCCCUUCACUUUUUCUCUUGAGGAAAAGACUCUUCUAUUCUGUAUAAAUCCUCCUCUGAGCAUGCGGUACUUAGAGCCCCAAGGUCACAUUCGUUUGCCCACAAAUCCAGUCAUUACUGAAGGUCUCAGACUGAUAAAAUGAGCAUGACUUCAUCUGCAAAAAUAAGUCACGACAUCCAGACGACUGCAUCACUGCCAAAAUCCCAGUUCAGCCCACAACAGAAACACACUGUUCAGUGAUUCAUUUCUUUACACUUGCAUGAAUAAGGUGAAUGAGUUUUCAGCUUCAGAUAAUUUGAAUUUCAUUAAUGUAUUAGCAUUAAUGUAUGGCCAUGACUGAAGUGAUUCAGGCUUCUGGUGCCCUUACACAGAGUGUUUGUCAACAUUUCUUGACACCCAAACAAAGAUGGCUGAACAGCCACCUUUACCAGCUCUGUCUUCGCUUGAGAGCCAACGUUUGGCUUCAAAAUGGCUGCCAAGUGUCCGGAAACACCAAGCUGGACACGAUGCUCACAUUGUGCAAGCAUUGCAAAACUAAGACCAAGCUCCUCGGCAGCACAGCAAGUAAAGGUACUUUCCUCUGGGUUUAAAAGGCGGCAUGUUAACUGAUGGCUUUUAAAGUCAACAGGCAGUUGUUGUUUUCAAUAAGAACGACUGAUGUUGCAACACGCUCUGCUCACUAACUCCAGUCCAGUCAGUGGGGCUUGGAUAUUUUGCCCCCUGUUGGUGGUGAAUGCACCCUGAUAUGGGGCACCACCAGAGAAGAACCGACCCAGACCGCUCAGUGGAAACAUAUGGAAAACAUGUUGUGAUUUUCUCACCCAUUUAAACUUGUGUUUAUGAAUUAAAAUCUAGAGCAUUCAUUUGACCUUGACACCAACCCCAGGUUGGUCAAUGGAAGUUGCUAAUACCAAAACUCUCAGGCUUUAACGUGAAUACUUUACGAUCCGCCCUUGGCCCCCUGCUCUGCACACCGCUCCUUCAGCU